GUGCUAAAAUAUAAGCAAAUGAAAUCCAUCAUGAAGUAUAAACACAUCCCAUGAUAAAUUAUUAUAAAGCAAUAUUAGCUGUUUUACUAAUUGUUCUAACAAGUCUUCCAAGAUCUUCAAAUUCCACUAUGAAAUCAAAUUUCUUUGAAUUUUUCAUGAUAUUGCUCAUUUUGGUCAGUAAUGUAUUGAUGGAAAAUAGCGGAAACGAAUUGUGUGAUGAAUUAUAUUUAAAGUAUGUUGAGCUCAUCCAAAAUGAAUCAAAUGAAGGACCUUUUUAUAAACAUUAUGUACUUGGUAAUAAUAUUAAUAAUGAGUUAACUGAAUCUGUCAUAACCAUUCAAGAAAGUACCAGUAUUGUUUCRCAAGGAACUACAGGACUUUGCACUUGGCAGGCAGGUAUAGCACUUAGCUGUUGGUGUUUGAAAAACCAAGAUAUACUCAAAGACAAAUUYGUCAUCGAAUUAGGUUGUGGAACAGGGUUGAGUGGAAUAAGCGCAUGUUUAAAUUGUAGCCCAAGUGAAUAUUGGUUUACAGACUGUCAUUCAGCUGUUUUAAACACCUUAAAACACAAUUUACAAAUUAAUGAAACACAUCAUAAAUUUAAUUGUAAAUAUGAUGUAGUUCAAUUGUCCUGGAAUGAUAUAGAGGAUUUGAAAAUGUUUGAAAACAAAAAACCAGAUUUGGUUCUAGCGGCUGGUAAUUUGAUUACAAAAUCUUGCAUACAUAUGAAUAAUGCAAAUAAUGUAGUUACUUAA